UGAAAACUCGGGAGUUAAAAUAGGCAUUACCAAAUUUUUUACAUCCGGGCUAAGUGGAAAACGAUCGGUAUCAGAUCUGCUUGGCGCAGCAGCACAUCCCGACAGAAUUACCAAAACAUCCCGAUAGAAUAACCAGAACUAUGGCAGACGAGGAGGACGUGGUCAACCCGUACCCAGGGGAAUGUUUGCAGGAGGGUGAUGGUUUUAGCUAUCCCAAAUUUAAAGAGAAAUCGGAACAAAUAGCUAAAGAAUGUUUUGACUUCAUUGACCAUGACAAAAAUGGCGUCAUUGACAAAGCGGAGCUUAUCACAGUGAUGCGAGGAAUAGGACUCAAUCCAUCGGAGAAGGACGCAGAGGAGUUGAUAGCAUCUACGGCGGAAACUGGGAAGGACACUAUUUCAUGGGCAGUAUUUGACGACAUGAUGAAUGGCCCCUGUAAAUCAGAAAAACUCAACAAGAUGAAUAUGUUGGCAAUGUUUCUUAUCUUUGACAAUAACAAAGAUGGUUUCGUGGACGCCACUGAUUUCCAGAAAACAAUGAUCAUUUUGGAACAGCCCUUUGGUGAAUUUGAGACUAAGCUUUUCAUAGAAGAAAUGGACAAGAAGCCCCAGGGAAAAUUAAAUUACAAAGAUUUUGUGACCUUGAUGUACGGCGAAAGUUAUGCAGAGUAAAGAUUCUGUGGCUGUCGAUGACAACAGACCCAACUUCAUGGGUAGAUAGACCUGGUAGCUUGAUGAAUAUCCCAUUAUGUAAUGUGUGAGACGAGUUAGUGACUGUUUUCUUGGUGCGUUUGAUGCUUUUAAGAGGACUGAAUGGUCGUGGCCGUUUUUAAGACUGUAUUUACCUCCUCGAGAUGAAGAGCUCUAUAUAAAAAUAUAGUAAAAUACUCUUUCAAAGAUAAAAUAUUUGGAUUUUUCUUUAUUAAAUAAUUAGUUGACCACGCACUCAGCCUCCUUAAGAAUUCUACAUGCAACCUGGUUUAUCAGCCAUUGGGUACUGUUUGUACCCAACCAUUUGUGUGGCUUGGGGUGUUAGUGUCUGUCCAUCUUUUUCUCUACCUUUCACACUUAAUAAAACCAUGAAAAGGAUACACAUGGAUGAGAGAACCAUUAGUCUACAUUUUUCAUUUCAAUUUCAUUUUCAAGAAACUAUUUGACAUUAUUUUAUCAAACUUCAUAUGCUUGGUGAAACCGGUGAGAGCAAUUCAAUUGUGUAAUAUGUGUAUUCUUUUUUUCUUUGAACAACAAUUUUACUUUACGAUAUAUAUUAUCUCAGACUUACAAAAUGAAAUGUAAAGGUUUUUUUUUCAUAUUUAAUUGCAAUAAAUUGUACCACUGACCAG